AAACAGCAUUGUUUUGACUACAAUUGUGUCCAGCUUUGAUACAGUAGCAAGCCCGUAGCUACUUGCUUAUUAUCAGCCACGCGCAUUAUUUCCUCUAUCAACAGUUUACGUAACUAGCCUUGUUCUGGUUGAGACUUGUGAAAAUAUACAUUUGUGAUAUUAUUGCAUCAAAGAAAUUUGUCUGGCAACGCAAAGAUGUGGAAGUCAGUGGUGGGACACAACGUGAGCUUAAAGGUUGCAGAGGGGGACGACUGGGAAACCGACCCUGACUUUGAGAAUGAUGUGUCAGAACAGGAACAGAGAUGGGGGGCCAAGACCAUUGAGGGGUCUGGUCGAAAAGAACACAUCAGUGUAUCAGAGCUGAGACAGAAGGUGUCCCAGGAGCAUGAGGUGGGGAAGCAGAAGGAGCGAGCGGAGGCUCCCAAGGCCUCUUACGGUUACGGAGGGAAGUUUGGAGUGGAGAAAGACCGCAUGGACAAGGGGGCAGUGGGGCAUGGCUACGUGGCGCAGGUGGAGCAGCACUCAUCCCAGACCGAUGCAAAGAGAGGAUUCGGGGGGAAAUUUGGAGUGCAGAAAGACCGUGUGGAUAAGUCUGCCAUGGGUUUUGAUUACAAGGGAGAGGUGGAUCAGCAUACAUCUCAGAAAGACUAUUCAAAGGGUUUUGGAGGGAAGUUUGGGGUGGAGAAGGAGAAAGUGGACAAGGCUGCCUUGGGUUACGACUACAAGGGAGAGACCGAGAAGCACCAGUCUCAGAAAGACUAUGCCAAGGGCUUUGGAGGACGCUAUGGAGUCCAGACAGACCGCAUGGAUAAAAGUGCAGUGGCCUUCACAGACAUGGAAUCCCCUACCUCUGCCUAUGAGAAGACACUACCAAUGGAGGCAUCAAGUGCAGGGGCAGGCAAUCUGAAGGCUCGCUUUGAGAACUUGGCUCGGUCAUCAGACGAGGAGAACAGAAAGCGAGCGGAGGAGGAGAGAGCCAGGAGACAGGCUAGAGAGAAGAGAGAGCAGGAGGAGGCACAACGCAGACAACAGGAACAGAACAGCAGGGAGGAGGAAGCAGAGCAGCAUCAGCCUCUACCUGUUGAAGAGCAGAGACCUCCACCUGUUGAAGAGCAGAGACCUCCACCUGUUGAAGAGACCAACAGGAAGCCCCAACCACCACAGCUGCCCACUGCCAGGGCAGUGCCUCAGACACCAAGAGAUGAACCUGAGCCAGUGGAGGAAGAGGAGGAGCCAGACUAUGACCAGACCCCGUGCCUGCCCCCACGGUCAAGUGACCUGCUGGAGGCGGAGCCACCUCAGGAGCAGACCCCAUCAGAACCAGAGCAGGAGGAUGAGGGAGAGUAUGAGGAUAUCUCAUCAAUACCUUUCCCAGAACCUGAUCCAGCUGUGAAUAAUGACUAUGAGGACCUGACAUGCGGUCAGACAGCAGUGGCCAUUUAUGACUACCAAGGAGAGGCAGAUGAUGAGAUCUCCUUCAACCCGGAUGAUGUCAUCACCAACAUAGAGAUGGUGGACGAAGGCUGGUGGAAGGGACACUGUCACGGACGCAUUGGACUUUUCCCUGCUACAUUCGUGAAAAUGAUGUAGUGAGCGUGCCUAUAGUCUCCAACACAGACAUAUACCUGAGCCCAUAGGACCUGUGGGUCUUUUCACAGGGGGAACAUCAGCAUAUUGAUCCUAUCUGACAGGUAUAGUUUUAUUGUACCAUGGGAGAAUCUCAAUUGCAUACGCCUCUAUCCUCCCUUUCUCAAUACCCAUUGGAGAAGAAGGGACCUCUAGCUUUCUCAUCCAAUGGGUUUUUAGGUGAGGACACAAGGAGUAUACAAUUGAGAUUCUCCCCAUGUGUUUUCUAAUCGAUUUAUAUCCGGUCAGUAGUCAUGACAUAUAAUGGAUAGUCAUUGUGCUUUAUAUUGCUCAGGGUGGGAUGCAGGCCUUCCCCUUAUAAAAGCUGAUUGCUAAAUGUUCCAGUGAUAUUCUCAUACACUUGAAUUUCAAAGGAUUAUGUAAGUAAUUUAGCUAUGGAAUGUUAUGUUUAAAAACAAUUAACUACAGACAAUUGUAUUUUGGCUAUUGAUGCAAUUCUCAACUUGAAUUACAUGUAAUUACAUAUGUAAGCAAAGCAUAAUAUCUGAAACACCAGGUUAAAAAGGUUAUUUCUAGAAUCAACUGCAUGUAAUCAAUAAAAUGUCUUAAUGUACAGAAA